AUGCGGCACUUGCUAACAGCCGCGUGGGCCGCGCUGGGUGCCAGUCACAUCGCGCACGCCGACGUGCCAGUGCCCUCGGUCCCGCUGAACGUGGCGCUGGACGUGCUGGGGCCCGACGCACUCGCUCUUGCUUGGGAACCGCCCGCGACGGACGGCGGCUCGCCCGUGUCGGCGUAUUUGGUGGAAUGGGACCCGGAUCCGGGUGUUCGCGAAGUGCAAGUGGUGCAGACAAGGGCCAAUACCGGCGCGAACGAGGUGCAGACUGUGCAGACAUACGCGAAGCGCGUGAAGGAGAUCCAGCGCGUGACCACGAGCGCCACGGCUGUGUCGGAAGUACAGACGAUCACGACGAGCGCGGCGCCAGGAGAGACACUGGGCGGGGUCUUUACCAUCCAGUUGGACACAACAAAGACCGGUGGCAGCGUACAGCGGUCUGGAGUCAUCGGGUUCAAUGCCCCCGCGUCUGGAGAUCGAUCAGGUGUGAUGGAGAUUUUAAAUUCCAUGUUGAAUAUAGGACCGACAGGUGUACAGAGUGUGCAAAAGACGACGGCAGACGCACAGGGAGGCAUCACGUGGACCAUCACGUUCAGUACGGCGAUGGGUGACGUGCCGCAGCUCACGCUUUCGAGCAGUUUCCUGACGGGAAGUGGCGCGAACGUGGUGAUAAACACACCAAAACAAGGCAACGUGAUCGAUGGUGGUUUUUUCACGUUGAGAUUCAUGGGAAGCACGACGAAGGAUCUGGAGGCAGAUAUCAGCGACGCUGGGAUGCAGAAGGCGCUAGAAGAUCUCGCCUCGAUCGAGUCUGUGGAUGUCACGCGCGUCGGCCCGGACGCACAGCACGGAUACUACUGGGACGUCACGUUUACAGGAGACUCCAAUUCGGGCGACCUGCCGCUCAUGACAGUAGCGUCGAAAUCAUUAAAAGCCACAGGAGCGAACGCUGUGGUGACAGAGCGGACGGCAGGGAACCAACUGAAGGGAUCCUUCCAGUUGAGCUACAAUUUAGCCCCCACAGGCGAUCUACCGUUCGACUGCAGCGCUGCCACGAUGAAAAGUGAACUGGAAAAAUUGGGCACAGUUGGGACUCUGGAUGUGGUGCGCACGGAGAAACCGGACCUACAGGGAGGAUAUACGUGGACCAUUUCGUUCCUUACGCUGAAAGGAUCCCUUCUUCAAUUGGGCACGGACAUCUCGAAACUAGGAGAGACACGAACGGACGGUGCGGGGCCGUCUAUGGGCGUUCGCGUCGUGAGGACACGUCCAGGAACCGUUCAGGAAGUACAGCAGAUACAGGUGACUACAACGAACUCUAACGUGAAGGAUACGACAUCGUUUCGGCUACAGACGACCUUCGCAGGACAGACACUUACGACCGAUCCCAUUUUUGCCAAUCCGAUGAACAACGGCGCAUGCAUGCCGACACAGCCCGAGGUGCAGAAGAUCGCGGUGACUACAGUGGAUACGACAGCCACAGGUGGAGAUUCGAUAGUGUCGAAACAGACGGCUAUUCAGCUGGUGUACACUAGCAAUACGGAGGGCGGGGCGGUCUCGAAGACUGGGCCAAUUUAUCUGGAUAAAGCAGGCGACGGAGACUGUACGAAAGGCGCGACAACGAUAGCAUCAGAGUUAAACAAGCUUCCUGGUAUUACUGGUCCUGUGACUGUGAGCUCCAGCACUCUCCUCGCUACGCACGAGUGCACGUGGCAAGUGACGUUCAAUAAUCAGCCGGGUAAUGUCGUUCAGUUGAAAGCAAUCCCCGCUUCGAGUGCUGCUGCUGCGUCGGCUACGGUCAGUAUUGGAGACGACACCAUCGCACUCAGUACAGUCACGGAUGGGACCAUAAACAUUAUCAAAACGGAGCUAGAACGUCUAGCUAACGUCGCCCAAGUCACAGUGACGGCAACGGCGGGGGCAAAGCAGACGUGCACAUGGAGUGUGACCUUCGACGGCAACGCAGGGAACCUGCCCUUGAUGACCGUCUCCACUAACAACGGGGUUUCGUACGGUGCUACAGGAACUGUAAGUGGAGAUACAAUCACAGUAGCUGCGGGUACGGACGGCACAUCGGCAGUGCUCGGUGGCGUCUUCGCGCUCGAGUAUGAAGGUCAGCGUACGGGUUACAUGCCGUUCGAUGCCAGUGCGGCAGUGAUGCAAACGCAGCUUGAGACCCUCUCGACCAUCGGCAGUGUGGCUGUGUCGAGGUCUAACGCAGAUCCGAACAAUGGCUACGCCUGGACAAUCUCCUUUCUCAACAAUCUCGGGAAUCUUCAGCCACUUCAGCCGGACGCGCUAGCACUUACAGGAACGGCACCGAAAAUCGACGUGACGGAAGCCACGAAGGGUGUACUGCCGCCUUUCAACAGCAAAGACCGGACAAACGGCCUUAGUUUUGAUAGCGUCGUAAUCACAGACCUCAGCGACUUGUCCGUGACAGCGUACCAUGUCGACGAGAACGUCCCGUUCUACUUCCGCGUGUCCGCUAUCAACGCGGCUGGACGGGGCCCGCCAACCUACUCUACGCCGCAGUAUGCUAUCCCCACGGCACAGGUUCCGAGUGCUCCGACGAACGUCUCACUGUCUGCAGUUGACGGCACGACUGUGGCGGUGCGUUUAAGCUCACCAGAGAACGAUGGGGGAGCGUCGCUGGACUCGUACCGUGUCGAGUAUAGCACAAGUCCGAUCGUGGAUGAAGUGCAGCAGAUUCGCCUGGUUGUUCCCGUGACGAACGAGGUGCAAACGAUCAGCACGACAACGGAUACAGUGGGGGAAGUCCAGCUCGUUCGGUUAACCAGCUCGUACUCUGGCUCACCCGCAAGCGAGGUCCAACAGGUGAACUGUGACGCAGAUAGAAACACAGGAACGUUUUCUCUCACCUUCGCGGGCGAGACGACCGCGCCGAUACAGGCGAGUCAAACCGAUGUUCUCAAGAUCAAAGCCAUACUGGAGGAACUGAACGCGAUCACGACGGUGACUGUGGCGUUUUACGGUGGACAGACAACAGCAUGUCGCCCCUGUCCUAUCACGGGCUGUACUUCUGGGUUCAAGGUCACGUUCACCUCCGUCAUAAGCUAUCAAGGCGACAUGCCUCUCCUCACCGCCAACACGUACGACUUGGAAGGGAAUCGCCGCGUCGACAUCACCGAGUCAACUAAAGGCCAGGCUCCUGUGAGCGGGUCGUUCAAGCUCACGUAUCUGAGAGGCAAGGACGCUGACACAGUAACUCUCCAGUAUAACGCGCCGGCCGCUACUGUCCAAGCAGCAUUAGCAGCUUUGGAUUCGUCCAUGACGAUCCUGGUGACGGAUGGAACGAAUACGUUACCGGCCGCGAAUGUGGCCAAGGGCGAGCGCUUGUGGCGCGUGACGUUCCAGAACAGCGGAUAUGUGCCGGACAUGCUGGUUCGACCGGCGAACAACCUUCUCCAGGGUAACGGUGCUGGGAUAACAGUGUACUCUCGAGGCGCGACGCCGGACCCAGCCGUCCCAGUCUCCGUAGGCGGCAAUCGCGUGUCUGGAUACUUUAAAUUAAAGCUGGGUGGCCAUACGACGGAGCGAAUCAGUCACGACUCGUCCGAUACGACCGUCAAGAGCAAACUAGAAGCACUACCGAACGUCGGCACUGUGUCCGUGACGCGGUCGGCACCGUCACUAAAGAGCGAGUAUUCGUGGACUGUCACGUUCACUGCAAACCCAGGCAGUUUCCCUAUUGGAGCGGGCAACAUCGACACGCUGGUGGCCGAUUCGACUUUACUAAGAGGAACGAAUAGCCAAGCCGCAGUGGUCGUGGCUCAGCAAGGAUCCUUGCCACUUGAUGGCACUUUCCAGCUCUCGUACACUGUCGGUGGGGUCACCCAAACCACUGCCAACCUAUCGCCGUAUGACACCGGAGAAGGGAUACAACGAGCGUUGGAAACACUAUCCUCAAUCGGCGGCGUGAGUGUCUCGCGUCAGACCAAUUCAGACGGUUACUCGUGGUUUAUAACCUUCAAUGGAUGUAGACUCAACCCGGCCGUGUGCAACAUCGGGGACGUGACUCUACUCGAUAAAGCUACUACGAAUUUAAUCGGUGGAUUGUCCCCGGCAGUCCCCACAGUGGUGGUGACGGAGACCGUGAAGGGAGUAGCCCCCACUACGAUGCUGCUCGUGACUGAUUUAUCAGGAGGAGACCCGUUCCAAACGGUCAUUUCGAGCCUCACGUAUGGCACCAAGUACUACGCGCGCGUCUACUGGCACAACAGUGUGAGUUUUGGAUAUCGAGCGCUGCCUGUACCGGAGUUUGUCACAACGAGGAACCUACCGCCAGGUGCGCCUUGGCCUGUGACUCUCGUGUCCUCGACGGCGACGUCUAUUACUGUAGUUUGGGAGACGCCGACCGUAAAUGGUGGCGCCACAGUGAGCGGCUAUGAGCUCUGGAUCUCGGAGUGGGCGGAGUCGUCGUACAGGAAAGUUUAUGACCGUCCAAACGACGCCGUGACGCUGCAAACGACUCUGCAGACGACGGCGGAUAACGUGAUUGAAUCCGGUCACAAGUAUUCCUUCAAGGUGCGAGCAGUCAACUUUUGCUCGUCGGAGAAUACCAACGCCGCGUGUUACGGAGCCUUCAGUGAUCCGGUCGAGUACACGGUCCGAUCUCCUGUCGUUCCUGACCCGCCGGCGUCGUUGACGCGAGACUCUCGUACCACAAUCAACACGAACGCAGCGAACGACGGCAUCGCCUUCAUCAACUGGACGCCACCAAAGGACAAUGGCGGAUCCCCCGUGACCAGCUACAAGUUGUUUAUGGACGACGGGACCGGCUGGGCCCAGCAGACACUGAUAGGUAGUUUUCCUCACGGAUACUCGCACAAGGUGACAGGCCGAACGGAGGGCAAAGUCCUCCGCUUCUACAUCCUGGCCGUGAAUUCUGUUGGACCAUCGGGAAAGAGCCCCGUGCUGGCUCUGGUGCUAGCAAACGUGCCGUCCGCUCCAAGUGCGCCAAGUAUCACGGAUGUGUCGGCGACAGCGAUUAGUGUGGCGUGGCAGCCUCCUUCCACCUGUACAUCAACACUCACAGGCUGCAAUGGUUCUCCACUGCUCGGCUACAGAUUGUGGCAGUUUGCAGGCGUGACUGCAAGCUUUACGGCGUCUGGUUCCCCGGUCAAUGUGGAGAUUCAACGCAUCCGGACGACAGUCAGUGCCCCGGUGCCAGAGAUUCAGAGCGUGUCCGUCAUAGGAGCGUCCGGCAAGUUCAAACUGUACGUGAAUUCUCAGCCGACACCUUUGUUAUCAGCUAGUGCAACCGAUCUCGAAGUACAGACCGCCGUGGCCACGUGCGGGGUUAACCCGACCAGUGUGACGCACACGUCCACUGCUACAGGACGAACGUGGACGAUCACGUUCGCAUUGGCGGACGGUUCUCAAGCUUUGAUGGUGGUUGUCCCGGACCAACUCACCAACACGGUGCUUGCAGUCGCGUACACGACGUCCGUGACGCGAGUGCAAGCAGGAUCUACAGCACUCGGAGGCGACUUCACGGUGUCGUUCCACGGCUUUGAAACGGGUCACUUGUCCGUGACUACGACGGAUGCAGCUGAGAUGAAGCGGCAGCUGGAGAACCUCCCGUCCAUCGGUGUCGUGGACGUCACUACAACGGCAGGCUCUAACAACGCGAUGAUCUGGGACGUGACGUUCUUGACGGAGCUCGGUGACUUGCCGCUGAUGAAGGUGACGACAGGCAGACUAACUGGUGGCAAUCCGAAUGCUCAGGUCACCACAACACAGGAAGGAACGCCCGGUCGAGUGGUGUACGACGGUGCGACUUCGCCCGAUAUUCUGUCCUUCACGUCGACCAACUUGGUGUCCGAUACGCUGUACGCCUUCGUUGUCGUGGCUAUCAACGCUGCUGGAGACGGGAUUGGCGGUGUGUCCACGCCUGCUGUCGCAGCGUCGCCUGGCGCCGCUAGUAGCUAUACUGAAGCAUACGGGCCGGCGCUGUUGCAAGGAAUGGCAGGCAUUGUAUACGAGGUGCAGAGCGUGAAAACCAACGGACUGACUGGAUCGUUCACGCUGCGGUGGGGCACGUCCAGUCCGACCAGUGCGAUCGACACAACAACGACUGCGAGCGCUCUGGAAGCGAUGCUGCCUACGACCAUCUCCAGUCUUGGCGCAGUGCACGUUUCUCGCGCAGAUCUCAACGGCGCGGACUGUGUGUGGUACGUCACCUUCGUGUCUGUCGUCGGUGACGUCCCCAUGCUCGUAUCGAGCGAUACGACGCAUGUUCAGAUCGACGAGUUCGUCAAGGGCGAGGCGAACGAGUUCACUAUCGCUCCUCGAAAAGCGUCGGGCGACGUGGUGACGUACGCUACGCUUCCUGCCAAUUUUCAAGGCAAAGAUCGCUUCUGGACGGAGCUGUGGGCCUCGCCUCCGUCGGUCAUCGACGGUACCCAUGCAUUCGUGUCUGAAGGAGGCUUGGCCGUGUACAACCCAGUGGUGUACGAGAUCCAGACGCUGCGAUUUAACGGCGUGACGGGCACGUUUCGUCUGAAACUAGACACAACCGGCGCUCGCGCGGGUGGCGUAGUGUCUACGAACACUGCGCCGGUGGACGCCGCCGUGUUGGCUGCGGCGAGCGACGCCAAGGCCGCUGAUCUGAUUAAGACCAACUUGGAGACGCUCACUAAUGUUGAAAGUGUGCUGGUCUCCCGCGUAUCCACGGCUGGGGCCGCUCCAUGGACAUAUUCCGUCACUUUCGUUACCGACUUGUGCGACCAGCCGCCUCUGCAGCUGGUUGGAGACGCCACCUUCAUGGCUUCCGCGACUCUCCUUACUACAACACCUGUGCUGUUCACAGAGUUCCAGAAGGGAGUGUGUGACGUGCAGACGGUGACGACGUCGGCUAGCGUGGAAUCCACAGCCGAGGUGCAGUCCAUUUCGACGUGGCUAGAUGUAACCGGGUCAACAACGGCGUUGGGCGGGUCCUUCUCUCUUACAUUUACCGGUAUGGGUAGUAUUACAGUUCCGUACAAUGCCGAUGCCCCGACAAUGAAGAACCUACUCGAAUCUCUCAACGGGAUCGACGACGUGUCUGUGACGGUGAAGAGCGCCAACUACGGGACGCCCACGGCGACUACAGGACUGCAGACGUGGAUCGUGACGUUUAACGAGAUUAUGGGCAAAGUUCCAGACAUUAAACUCGACUUACCGACUUCGUUGACGGGCAGUUCCGCUACAGUUCUUAUCAAGGAGGUGAAGCGGAUGGGUUUGUCAUUGGGAGGCACGUUUGUGCUGAAUUUCAUGGGCGGGACGACGCACAACCUGCCGUUUGACAUCGAGGCUGUAGACUUGAAGAUGGAACUGGAGACGGCACUGAGCAACGUCCAAGAAGUGGACGUCAGGAAGGAGGAACGCUACAAUGGCAACCGCUGGACGAUUUCCUUCACCAAGAACUUGGGAGAUUUACCACUACUUGAAGCGUAUCCCUAUGCGUACGAAGUCCAGGAAAUCACAACGCUGGGAGGUUCUCCGACACCGUUGGAAGGCACCUUCAAGCUUUCCUUCUUAACGGAGAUUACGGCUCCUAUCGCGUACGAUGCUAGUGACGUGGCCAUGAAGCUCGCUCUCCAGGCACUGCCUUCGGUGGGGUUAGUCGGCGUCACUCGAACGGACAAACUGGACGCAGGGAACCGGUUCAGCUGGCAAGUGACGUUCCGUUCUAGACUGGGUGACAUCGGGAUUCUCGUUGCUGAUGCUUCGGGUCUCACUGGCAGCUUCCCCGACGUGAGCGUGACUGAACUUCAGCCUGGAACAAAGCAGUCGUUGACCGGACAAUUCCCUCAACUUGCUGUCUUUAAGAAACAGAGCGGGUUGCCCAGUUACACGGCGAGAUACAUUCCGUACGAGGCAGCAGACAACUACUCGGUCUCAGUACAGCAGCUUCUCUCGGGUGGAUUGUUGGCGCUUUACUUUGACAACUUUUGGAUGCAAGACGAGCCUGUGAUCGUCCGUGUAGACCCUCAAUUAAGCUUCGACUGGGGUCAAGGUGCUGUCUCUAACUACGGACGAGACUACAUUAGCAUCCGAUGGUUCGGUAAACUCGCAGUCCCCACGGCGGAUAUCUAUGUGUUCUACGUAUCGUCUAGUGAAGGCGUACGUGUGUGGCUGAACCACCAGCUUCGUGUUGAUACGUGGGAAGACGGCGAAGAUGAAGGAGGAACGCUGGAAAACUUCAGUGAAUCUUUAAAGACAGGAACGUUCUACGAUCUGCGCAUCGAGUACCAUGAAGCUUCAGGCGCUGCUUCUUUUAAAUUGUCGUGGAGUUCAUCGUAUCUUCCCAUCGCGCCGAUCCCCAGUAGUGCUUUGUUCCACGGCGAACACAUCGCUGGUAGUCCGUACCCGAUCAUAGUCACGCCUGGCGCAACAGACUUCCCGUACACGACAGCGUUUGGUGACGGUCUUACUAUCGCCACAGCGGGGGUGACAGCGCAGUUUAUUAUCCAAGCCAAGGACCAGAACGACAACAACAAAACUGUCGAUGGAGACGCGUUUGACGUGGAGAUCAAGGGAACAAACACGGGUACGGCGACGGGAGUGCAGCUCGCUCCGUUCGAAGAGCCCAAAUACAUCGGUCAAGGACAAUAUUUGGUCCGGUACUUGCCGUCCGUCAGCGGAACGUACACGGUUUCGGUACGGACAGUGAACGGCAUCGACAUCUACUGCGGACUGGGCAAGCUUCACAAGUGCAGCCCGUUCGCACUGAUCGCUCGACCUGGUCCGGCGACGCCGCAUACCAGUCAAGCGCUAGGGAACGCUGCCGCUUCGACGUAUGGCGUUCUCGAUGGUCUCAUUGAAGCUGUGGCUGGACUGGUUUCGAACUUCACGAUCCAAGCCCGCGACACGUACGCCAACGCUGCAGACGCCGAUGACGUGUUCGAGACCAAGAUGGUUCUUCAAACUGAUAGAUCGGUACAGUACCGCAGCAACGUCCUCGUCGCCGGACAAACGGGUCGUUAUGCCGUCGAGUACUCGAUUCCUUGCGCUGGAACGUACGAGAUUCAGACGUAUUUGAACGGGAUCCCAAUUCUCAUGUGUCCUGGAGGCGUGACAUGCCUGGCGUUGAACACACCCGCAAUACUCACGGUAGUACACAGCUUUUUACACGGUCCGAGCUGCACCGUGGACGAUACAUCGACCGGGGCGCUGAGUACAGCUACCAGUGGCCAUCAAACAACCUUCACAAUCUACGCGCGCGACACCUUCGGGAACUUACGGAAAGGUGAUCGCACGACGCAUUCGCUCACCACUGGCGACGGCAGAUCCGACGCCUUCCUGGUCACGUUUACGGGUAAAGAUGAAGUGUUUCGUACGUCUACCGCAGUGCAAACGCUUACGAGCGCCGACAAAACGAUCGCCGGGUAUUUCAAACUCUCAUUCGGAAAGUUCCGGAAACAGUUAUGUCCUCUAUGUGUCACCGCCUUGGUAGGCGACGUGCUGUCCGUGAGCUCCAACUUGGUCGGGAUUCUGCUUCAUGGAACCAAGUUUGUAGUGCAGGAGUGUAUCUUCACGGCCGCAAGUGUGACGUCUACCAGUGUGACUGUUGUUACCAACCACGGCUGCAUAGCCUUCGCUUCGCAAAAGUUCGCUCUCCAGGUCGCAGCGUCCAGUACAGCAGCAACGGAAGCACUGACGCCGUUAAUUCCCCACGAUGUAAGUGCUUCAGGCUUACGAUCCAUUCUCCAGGACCUUCACGUUAAUGUUGAGGUGGCAGUCACACGUACGAAUGUCGGGAGUGGAUACCAAUGGAGAGUGACGUUCCUUUCGCAUCUGCUGCAAUGGAGCGAGGCUCAUCUUGCAGUGGAAUACACGAACGAAUUCGCGUCCAGCCUGUACGCGAAUCCUCUCGUGGUGGCGUACACGGCAGCAGCAGGAGGCUACCCCGUGUGGUAUACGCCGCACUACGCCGGCUCGUACACGGUGGCCGUAACGACUUGGGACCGAGAUACCCACGUGAAGGGCAGCCCGUUUACAGUCCAAGUGACUGACGACACUACCCACGGCCCGAGUGCUCUAGCAGCGACAGGAGAUUGGCGGACGGAGAACUACAGCGUAGAAGCGCAGCAAAUGGUGAUCGAAGCAGGCAAGCCGCUGUCUUUCCAGGUGCAACUCAAAGAUACUCGUCGACUCGAAGAACAGGCCAUCCGAUUGCGCGCGGUAGUGCUAGCGCCAGUUCAAGAAGUACAGCGCGUUCGUGUGGAUGCCUCACCGUUCACGCUGAGCUUCCGCGGCUCGCCGGCUACAACUUCAUUGACUACCAGCAGCUCGUUCGGUAGUAUCACCGCCGCACUGGAAGCGCUCAGCACGAUUUCAACUGGUGGCGUGACGGUGACGCCCGAGAACGUCGCGGACACGACUGCAGUGUUGCAUCACGCGUUCCUGGUUACGUUCACCAAGGCAACGGGCAGCUUGCCGUUAAUGGUGAGUCCGAACACUGGGGCGACUGUGACGUCCUCCGUGAAGGGAGCAGUCUCCGUGCGACAGGAGACGCAGAUCUUGACGUGCACGUCAGCCAUGGCCGUGGCGUUGGCCGGAUCCUUCUCCGUCUCGUUUCAGGGAGGAACACCCACGGACGUAGCUGCGUCCGAUACACUGGCAACGUUCUCAAGUACGCUUACGACUCUGGUGGGGUCAUCGGUGUCGGUGGUCGCGGAAGGCGGAGUACAGACGACUGUGUGUGCUCAGACUACUUCAUCGCGGUUAUUCAUUACAUUUAACCAGCUGCUCGGAGAUGUGGCACCGCUCGCAUACACGAAGCCUGCUGGGUCUCAACUCACAGUCGUCGGCGAAGACAAUACGGACAACACAGUGAGCGGCAUUUACCCGGCUUGGGGCAGCUUCACACUUUUGUUACCUGAUCGUGCGGAGACGACCGUGAACAUCCCGUUCAGCGCGUCGCGGACUGCCGUGAAGAGCGCGUUGGAGUCGCUCUCGCUCGUGGAUCAAGUGACGGUGACGCGCGACUGGUUUGACAUCACCACUGAGACGGCGACAGCCAAGCUGGUCACGCUGGUGCAGUGGACAGUGACGUUCGACACCCACUCGGGCAAUGUGCCUGAGCUGGUUCCAGAUUUCUCGGGUAUAUCCAUGCACGACGAUGGUCAACACAAGCCGUAUAUGGAAACGGUGGAGCUUGUACGAGGUUCGGUGGGUAACAACCGCUCGGUUACAGCGAGUGACACGAAGGUUACGAUGACGACGACGUUGGAGAAUCCUGGAGUACAGGAAGUGCAGAAGCUUCUGUGCCGUGGGAGCCAGCCGUUCACUCUCACGUACGGAGGAGUGAGCAAAGUCAUCGCACCAGACGCGUCUCUCAAGGAACUUGAGACACAAUUGAACGCCAUUCCGGCCGGCGUACAGCUGUACGCGACGAUAGACGGCGUACGGAGGCCUGCGGCGGAACUGUCGACGGCUUUGAUGUUCUUCCCCGUAUGUAGCGUGACCAAUCCGCGCAGGAUCGAGAUUGUAUUCAAGACACCAGCGGAUGUCGCUCUGGUCGCUUGGAGCUCGAUCGGUAAUGAUAUGUAUAUCUCAGAGGCAGUAAAGGGCGUCGCUCCGAGCGAGACUGCGAUCAGGAUCUCCAAUCUUGAGGUACAGAACCUGCAGUGCCAAGUCACGGCUGCGGCAGCAGCUACCGCCUCGUUCGACCUCUCAUUCGCUGGAGAACGGAUCACAGUGGGGGCGAAUACUGUGCCUAGUGCACUGCAAACGCAGCUUAACGAUAUGAAGAGCAUCGUUCAGGCUGGCGGUGUGGACGUUACGAGCGUGUCACCUCAAGUUUGCACUGAUCCUGCGAGCUCUGUGGACAUCACGUUCAGGAAAGUAGCCGACCAGCUUUCGUUUGUAGUCUCCCAAGUACGUGACGGAAUCCUGCUGGCUCAAGUGACGGAGACGACGAAAGGACUGGACUCGCUUGUAUACGACGGCUCACACCCGGGACUAUUCAACGUGACAGCCACGCCGGUCGUCAGCGGAACGUAUGCGCUGGGCGUGGCAGUGCUGAACUUAGCGACGUUCUGUCCGCCAUCGUUCCAAGUGCAGCCGACACUGGCGAGUGGAGCGACCAGUACGCACACAGCACCGGCAGUUGUAACACAGGGAGUGACGGAAUGGUUCACCGUCCAAGCUAUCGACAGAUUCAACAACCUUCUCGAGUCAAGCACCGAGUUGGGCACAGACGCUUUCGUUGCGAAGCUGUCGCCCCCUCCCAUGCCGUCUAUGUUGGUUGAAUUGUAUCCCGUUUCGAUCACCGAGUCGCAUCCGAACACGAACGGCAUUUUCUCGCUUAGUUUCCUUCCUCAACGGGCUGGAACGUACACGCUGUCAAUUGUUCGACGCCAGGCGGGAGGUCUCUGGGCCAUGUACUACGCGACGGCGGACUUUACAGACAGCUACUUGAGUCGCCAAGACGCGAUGGUGUCGUUCCAGUGGGGGGAAACUUCUCCGUUAGGCGACCCGUUCCCGAACCGAAACUACUCGAUCCGAUGGAAGGGCGAGCUGCGGGCUGCAGUGUCUGGCCAGCACGUCUUUACACUACGCGCCGACAACGCUGUAAAGCUCGUUGUAGACGGGAAAGUGGUGCUCGAUCUGUUCGCCAACCCGACCGUGUCGUCCGCCAUAAACAAGUUUGACUCGAUACCGGUCGAGUUGAAAGAAGGUGGAUACUAUAGCGUGGAAGUCAGCUAUCGAACGAAGGACGCCCAGUCGUUCGUGAAGCUUGAAUGGAGCUGCCAAACGGCUGGUCUGAUUCGCACGGUGGUGCCAUCCGCGUCACUGUUUACCUCAACGGCGCUAGUCAACACGCCGUUCAAUAUUCAGGCGUACCCGGGCGUGAUCAACUCGACACAAAUACGCAACUCUUUCGAUGGGUUUAUGACGACAAACGCAAGUGACAGCGCCAUCGUGACCAACGCGCUGAGUCCGAUUACCUUCGUGCUGGAGGCGCACGAUUCAUUUGGGAACCGCCGAUUUCACAGCGGCAGUGACGCCUUCGAGAUUUCGGUGGUUGGCAUCGAUGGCUGGGCGCACAGUGGAAGGAUCAAUGACGUGACGACGAAAUCUGCCAUUCAGUAUGACCCGACGUUCAUCUGCAAGGCGUGCGCCGUCAGUUUCGUGGUUAGCACACGCACAUUGACACUGAACGUGGACGUGGCGAGUCAACUGGAAGCUGGUGUGCGGUUCCGCGUGAUUAGCGCGAACAGCGGCACUUUAGCGCGUCGCAGGGACUGCUUCUUCACUACUGAAAGCGUCACUGGACCAUUCUCCGUUGGCGCCGUCGCAAUCGUUGUCGUGUCUGCGAAUGGCUGUGAGGCGUUUAGCAGCUCGCAGUUCGAUGUAUCUGCCAUUGCGCCGACAGACUGGAACUACCUUGGUACCUGCUCGGUUGUUUCUGGUUCGACCUCGCUCACGGCGUGUAACCGAGACUUUGGACUAAAGCGUGGAGACCAAAUCACGGUCGGACGGGAAGUGAACAAUGUGCACAAUACGGCAGGUGUGCUAAGUGUCGUGGCAAUCCCGCUUGACCAACCCUAUCGAGGCGCAUCGAGUGAUUUCGUCCCUGUGUUCAAGGCCGGCGACACUACUGGUCGCCACACGGUAGCGAUGGUACCUUACGUGAAAGGUGUGUACAAAUUGAGCGUACGUCUGCCGGCAAUUGAUGCGGUACACGCCGUGAUCACCCAAACCGACUCGGCACUGGGUGGCUCCUUUUAUCUCUCGGUAGGUGGCAAGAUGACGACUGCGCUGAGUUACGCCGCUUUGGACACGGACGUGAAGACGGCACUUGAAGCUCUUUCGACUGUCGGAGUAGGCAACGUAGCAACGUCGCUGUCAUGUACGAAUGGGGAUGCCACGAAAGGCUGCCGAUGGCUGGUGACGUUCAGGCAUCUCACAGAGACCGUGGCUUCGAGUCUCGGUGCUUCGUACAGCGGCGUGUUGACCGGCAACAACGCUGUCGUUGUCAUCCUAACUCUGACACAACCGAGAGCAGCGCAGAUGGUUAAUGGUUUCCCAAAGAACGUACGCGUCAAUCCUGGAGUAAUGAACCCAACUGUGAGUACUGCGUACGGCCCAGGGUUGUAUGCUAGCACGUCUGGAAUUUUGGCCUCGUUCUUCGUCCAAAUGAAAGACACGCACGGCAAUAACCUGGAGAGUGAUACCAAUUACCUGCAGGUUCAAGUGUUCCCCGCCGGCUCGGCGUAUCUGUCAUCUCAGGUGGCCGAUGUCUCGUCCGUCGCGUACAUUUCUGAAGGACUGUACAAGGUUUCGUACACGCCCGUGCUCUCGGGACGCCACACUGUGGUGGUCACUACACAAACGUCACCGGAGGUUCACAAGGUGUCAUCAACGUUCGCAUUGCCAGGCACAAGUAGAGGAGGAACGUUCGCACUGCGUUUGUUCGGACAGACUACGGCGCCGCUAGUGUUUGAAGCUAACGCGACGGACGUCCAGCAGGCGCUGCUGAACCUGCCAGUUUUCGCAGAGACGAUGAACGCGACCACAGCUAUCACUGUGACGCGGGCGAUCAACAACCAGAACGGCUUCGACUACUUGAUCACGUACACGCGGCUUCCGCCAGAUCUGGAGCUGGACGUCGUCCAGACAGUCAACAAUCUCUACAGCGGUGAUGGUGGCAGUGGUGCGAUGUUGAUUUCUACGCUACAGACUUCACAGUCUCGCGAGCACGUCAAGACUUCAGCAACUCUGGGAGAACCCAUCGUGAACGAGCAGCAGGUCGUGACUGUGACGUCGACCGCUGUGUUGACUGGAGGCUCGUUCCAGCUACAGUUCGGCGCUCACACGACAGACCUGAUAGUCUACAAUGCCGCAGCCGCCACACUUGAAAAUCUGUUGAACCAGUUGCCAUCGAUCGGGACCAGCGGCGUGAGCGUGAGUCUGACGACCAGCACGGCUACAGUUCGAGCGUGGACUGUCACGUUCUUGGCCGCGACGGCAGGAACACCCCAGACGGCGUACUGGAACUCGGUGUUGUAUACGCCGAACCGAAUUGUGCGUCACGCUAGACUCGUUGGCGAUAUCCCAGUGUUGAAGCCUACGCCGACGCAUACGCUCGUUGCUGGUGCCACUCCUGACGGCACAGUUGCGGUGACCACACCAGUGACGGGUGUGAGUCCGUUUACCACGAUCGUCGCGCACGGCGCCCUCGUUCCGACCCAGUGUACUGCUGUGGAUGGGAGCACUCCGUUCAAACCCGGUUCAGUCAACGCAGUGGGGCAGAACGGUCUUCACUCGGGCAGAUUCCACUCACGUUCGAGCUUCAUCAUCGAGGCACGUGAUACGAACGGGAAUCUAUUGGAUGGAACGGGAGGAGGCUUUAGUGGAGCUCCCGUUCAGGAGCUUCAAAUCGUCGAGACGUUUAGCUCCGCUGGACUAGGCAACAAACUAACGGGCACCUUUGCACUGGUGUUGGAUGGACAGAAGACGGCGGCGUUACCGGCCAACGCUGGAAUCCAGGAAGUCGAGGCGGCGUUAGAAGCUCUCGACACUCUAAGCGGGUUUGUUACGGUUGAUACCCCUGAUGUACAGACGUUGGUGACAACUGGCACCGUUAUAGCGACCAAAACGUCAAACGUCCUGACCACGUCGGCGAGUUUCUUGACUGUCCCGGACUUCGUGGUAGGAGACUGGAUCCGUAUCGGUUCUCUAAGUGGUCCGGUCUUCUCUAUCACUGCGAUUACAGCCACGACCAUUACGCUAUCGGGUAUCUAUCAAGGAGUGUCGGAUAACGCAGCGAAUGUCUACAAGCAGAGCGAUCCAGGCGCUGGAUUCACGUACAGAGUCAAGUUUGCCGCUGAGUUGGGCGAUUUACCGGCACUAGCAGUCUAUACGACCAAGCUGGGCGGAGGAACUGGCACUGGAAAGGCCACAGUCACGGCGUGCGAUUAUCUACGAACGCAGCAGGUUCACACGACGGCAGCUUCGCAGAUUAGCGGCGAUUUUUCGCUGUCUUUUCGUGGUAACACGACGCCCAUGCUACCAUGGAAUGUGGACGCCAAUACACUAAGCCGUGCUCUCGAGGCUCUGGACGGUAUCCACUCAGCGACGGUUGCCACGCCAGUCACGGGAACGAACGGAGGAUACACAUGGCUGAUAACACUCGUGUCCACCGAGCCACAAGGCGAUCAAGACCUCGAACUGCUGUACGCUGAAGGAUAUCUGUUACUUGGUAAACAGGCUCGAAUUCAAGUGACGCCCGUGUGCCCCAGUACCAAGACGAGGGAAAACGUCAACGUUCAGUCGGUUAGUGGCAGUGAAGGCCACUCGUUUGUGCCCGUGCUGCGAGGCGCGUCGACCGUCGUGGCAGACGUGAGUUAUCUAGGCGGAGCGACGUACAAGGCCGUGUACGACACUCCUCGUGAAGCCGCGUACUCCCUCGACGUGCGAUAUGUGGCGCCGCGAGGCCUGAUGGGCAGUUAUUUCGACAACCGCUGGCUGUACGGCACGCCGACGCUCGAACGGGUGGAUCCUCUGAUUGACUUUAUGUGGAAGGAAGAACGGAUCACCCCGACAAGUCGAGAACAUGUUAGCGUUCGAUGGCAGGGCUACGUGAAACCCUCAUUCAGUGAGGACUACACCUUCUACGUGCUGGUGAACGACGGCGCGCGACUCUGGAUCGAGAACCAGCUCGUGAUUGACCAGUACGACUUCGACGUCGACGCUUCCACGGCGGUAGAGUUCCAGGCGAACGCGUCGGUGGCUUUGAUCAAGGACCGGCUUACGGAGAUCACCCUGGAAUACCGCGAGAAUUCGGGCGUUGCCUCCGUCUCGCUCUUGUGGCAGUCGCAUACACAACCGAAGCGGAUAGUGCCGAGUGCACGCUUGUUUCACCGCUCCGACGCCAUUAUGAAGAGCCCGUUUAAUGUUGUCACGCAGGGCUCUAAGCCUUCUUCCCCGACGAACAUCAGCUUGACGAUCAGUGCUGCUGACGCGCUACUCGUUCACUUUAACGCGCCAGGCGAUGACGGAGGGGCGCCUAUGACGGGAUAUCAAGUCGAGUGGUGGACGUACGGGGCGUACGGCUCGCGUGAGGUGCAGGUCGUGAAGAUCGCCACUGGUAACACUGGAGGGACAUUCACUCUAACACUUGACAACGGCCAAGUCACGGGACCACUGUCAGCCUCAGCGUUGUAUUCCGAUGUGGAAAUCGCGCUUGAGGCUUUGGACGGAGCUGGAGAUGUGACUGUGACGUCCGUGCUCUCAGCCAACUCGAGAGACUACACAAUCACGUUCAAUUCACGCGUCGGAACUGUGCCGGCUAUCCAAGUAGACACAACACAGCUCGUUGGUAGUAAAGCGUAUAUAGUGUGCUCAAAAGGAGCUACUCAAGCAUUAGCGAACGGUAUGCAGUGCACAGCGUCGGAAAGCACCACGAGUACCGUGCAACUACUGAGCAGCCCGGCCACAUUUACGCCCCCGGACGUCCCAAAGCGUGGGGAUCCGUACGCGUUCCUGAUCUCAGGUCUUAUGCAGCCUUCGGCUUCUGUUGAACCGAACACACCAGGUGAGGUAGGAGGUACGAACGGGCCUGGCUUCUCGGUGCGAGUACUUGCCAAGAACUCGGCAGGCUACGGCCUCCCUAGUGCGACAGCGUCCCUGAAGCCGAUGGCAGUUCCUGCUGCUCCCACGAAUGUCGAAUUGCGUCUUGUAGCUGGUUCGUCAACUAGUCUUCGACUGUGGUGGAACGCACCCACGACAAAUAACGGCGCGAUCAUCACGUACUACGUGGUGGAGUGGCGUCUUGAUCCGCCAGGCCGUUCGAACUCUGAGCCUUUCAGUAGUUUCCGCGAAACUCCGGGGUUCUUCCUCGCAGCACACCCUGCGUCGUUGAGGUUUAAAUACACUGUCGACAACCUCGUUCCGGGCGCCACAUACGCCGUACAAGUCCGCGCACAGAAUAUCAUGGGCGUCGGUCCAGUUGGACAACCCGUACCUUCAUUCGAAGUGCCCAGAAGUAAAGCCUCGCCGCUACUUGAUGGAACGGGUGGUGGCGUGGCUUUGAGUGUAAGACCGGCGUCCUCUUCCGUCCCCACGGCGGCGUCAUGUACGAGUUUACUGCUUUCGUGGCUUCCCGUGACAACCGCAGACGCUCAUGGUGCUGCCGUCACCAGCUACGUUGUUGACUGGUACCAGCCGCAGAGUGCCGAUACGUCUCCGUUCGAAGUUCAGACCCUACAAAUCUUCGGUAAGGACGCAGCAGACGUGGUCAAGGGCACGUUUCGCGUCCAGUACAGUGGAGCGUACACAGAACCUCUCGCUAUCGACGUUAGCGAGGCUGAAUUAGAGGACAGUCUGGAAUCCUUACCUGCUUUACGCAGCGUGGAGGUGGAGCGAACGGCGUUUCCGUCUCGUGGAGGAUACCAGUGGGCAGUCACGUUCCUAUCGGAGGCGCCAGCGGUUCUGGGUAAAGUGCUUUCAAUUGAUUCAACAACGUUGACGGCAACGAUCCUCACUACGGACGUGGGAGCACAACUCGCUGCUCCUGUCGGUAGUAGCAGCAUAACUGUAGCAGUAGUACAGGGCUCAAAUCAAGUCACAAGUACAGACACUGCAGCGACAGGUGCUCUGGUGGACAUGUACUUCUCGAUAUCUCAAGGUCUCUGGCGAGUGACGGCCGUGUCGGUAGCCACGGGGACAGCGACGUUAACGUUGUCAGGGAAUUUCCCUGGUGCAAACGGGAACUACCCAGCUCUACUGGGAUGGACUGUACCAGGCGUACUACCCGUCGACUAUCACUCCAAGACCAUACCAGCAACUAACGCUACAGAUACGUACUCUCUCGUGCUCGACGCUCUACCACCUGGUACGCCGUAUUCCGCUCGAGUUAGCGCCUGUAACUCGCUCGGGUGCAAUGCUCCAACCAUGGCGUCGCCGUUGACUUUAGCCGCACCGAAGCAGAAACCAGCAACUCCUCUUGACGUCGCUCUCUUUGCUGACAGUGGAUCCACUCUACGCGUACGCUGGCGACAUCCACCUAGCGAUGGCGGCAACGUUAUUACGCAUUAUCGUGUCGAAUGGGACCCAAAGCCAACGUUUGACUCAGGGGUUGAUUCCGCGGGGGAAAGCUCCAAAGGCAGCUCGCUCGGGUACGAACGUAAAGCUGUGGUGAAUCCCGGCGUCGAUUGUCUAUUGACGCCAUGUGAGGCUGUCAUUGGAUCACUGGAGCGCGGCACGCCGUAUUACGUGCGUGUCUACGCCUACAACUCGCUCGGCUACUCGGUCGAGGCUGGUUACCCCGUUGUACCUGGAUUUGGAGUGCCCAAAACGCUUUCAGAACCCCCAGUCCACGUAUUCCUUACUGCAACGAAAGAUCGAGGCCUGACCGUAUCAUUCAACACAUCGAGUGACAGUUCUGACAACGGCGGUGCCGACGUCACGCAGUACCAGAUCGAGUGGGAUGUAAUGGAUCUGGACGCUGUGAUCCCGGAUGUUGUGGCUGCUAUCUCGAGUGCGAAGACGGCUGCGACUAUCUCGACCAGUCUGAUCAACCGUGUGCUGUUUGCAGAAUACACAACACAGCUCUUACUGCUCUCAGCGACGGCGUACGACGUGCGCGGUUCUUUCCGGUUGGCAUUCCUAGAUGCCGUGACUUCGAGUUUGCCUUGGGAUGCUUCAUCGGACGCUAUUACCGCUGCAUUGGAGGCGCUACCAACUGUUGGUCGCGUCAGCGUUCGCCGCGUUGCUGCUGGGUUCGGAUACGCGUGGUUCGUGACGUUCUUGACCUCGCCGUUCCGUGCAGAUACAUCUACGGGCGACGUGUAUGGAGACAUCUCGCUACUGAAGGUGUCGACGGACAGCACGCAGCUUCUUACGGCGUUCAGUACCUCACAGACGGCGACCAGUACGUUAACCGGCACGGGGGCUAAACUAGCGACGGCGACGCUCAUACGCGCGUUCAAUGGCUUCGAACAGCAGAUUGUCAAGGUUUCAACUAGUGCAGGAACUCUGGGCGGGUUCUUCCGUUUGAGUUACAACCAGCAACAGACAGCGUCCAUCCCAGCGAAUGCAUCCGCGACGGCUGUAAAGCACGCGCUGACAAAGAUCACGGACGCUGGUGAUUUGGUUGGAGACAUCGACGUGUACAAGCGGCAAAGUGCGACCCCCACGGGCUUCGUCUACACGAUCGUGUACAAGUCGCGUCUGGGACCGAACCGUCCGCUUGUCAGUUGCAUUGGCUUAGACCUCACCAGCUCGUUAACGACGGCUACAAAGUCGUGUGAUACAACGCGCACACAGGGUGGCGGUCUCCCGGCGAUGAACAGUGAUCUGUACGGCGUCGCAAUAGUGAAAAAGACCGACUUGAGUAUCAGUGACGAUGGGAUGGCGCACUACGACGUGCGGGGACUGCGUCUUGGUGUAGGAUAUCACGUGCGAGUGUCAGCGUGGAACGGCGUAGGCAACGUAUUUGGCACGACGCGAGCGUCUACGCCCGCUCGGUUCAUAGUACAGAGCGUCCCGGACGCGCCGCGAGACGUGAAUGUUGAGCCACGUUCGCCUACCAAGUUGCUCGUAUCGUGGACGCAGCCUCUGAACACAGGAGGAGCUCCUGUAUCCAAUUACACUGUGCAGAUCGCAGCUCGGCGGGGCGUCGCCGAGCAGCAACUGAUCAAGGCAGACAGCUCGCUGGGCGAUUUAUCGCAGCGGCGUUUAAUGAUGAGACUUCGCGUCGGUGACGUGUCUGGGUCGACGACAGUACUGGGCAACGUAUCGAGCGACGACCUGCGCUCUGCACUCGCCAACGCUUUGAAUGUUCCAGGCGCGAUUGCACGUGUAAGUCGCAACAGUGUCGGCGUUUUCUCGGGGUAUGGCUACGAGUGGGUCGUCACGUUCAGCGACUCAAUCGGAGACGUGCCGCUCAUUGAAAUCUCGGAAACCAUUUACGAGAGCUUGGACAGGUCGCCCGACUACAUGUCGGCGUUGGCUCUGAGUGUCACGGAACUGGUGAAGGGCAGUGUCGACAGUAGUAGUAUGACAGGAGCUGCCGUCACUACGGUGGUCGUGACGCCACAGCACGAAGUCCAGCGAGUUUUCAUCUACAGCGGAUCUCCUGUAGAUUUGGGUGGAACGGUGAUGCUGAGCGUUGGAGGUGAAUCUACGGGCGCAUUAGCGGUGGACGCCACGUCGGAAGACGUUCGAGUCGCGCUGGAGGGGUUAUCGACGGUUGGUGAGGUGUCUGUGACUGUAACAGGUGAAGUCUCGGCGCGCUCGACUUUCCCGGCAACACGACACGGCGUGUACUGGGACCUGACGUUCAUUAGCUCAAUGGACGACCUGCCGUUGCUGGGCGUACGGACGGACGCCACGCUCCCGUUUACGUCAAGGGCUUGUGGCGGUACACUCACAGGCGUAACGCCGUGUGUGGAGGGUUUGAAGCUUGAACAGGGAGGAUUACCCACUCAGGCGAUAUUGAACCAGCUAACAAACACCACGAACUACGUGGUUCGUCUCGCGGCAUCUAACGAACAGUUUACGAGCAAGUUUGUGACCAUACCUGGUGCGUUCCAGCCAGUGGCAAGACCCUCGUUGGAAGUGCAGAACGCUCAAGUCGCUCCUCUAGCAACAGAUAGUCUGGGAGUAUCGUGGCAAGCUCCUCUGGACGAUGGAGGCGCUCGUGUGGUACACUACAAGGUGCAAUGGGACGUCAGUGCGAGCUUCGACUUACAGAGUAUUUUUUCAGGUUCAGAUAUCGUUCUGGUUGGAGAAAAAGACGACGAGUUGUUCGACUAUAGGAUCACUGGAUUGAGUUCAAGCAAGGACUAUUUCGUUUCGGUUGUCGCCUACAACGCACGGGGCUACGGCUCCCCAGUGACGGCACAGCCGGUCGACGCUCACGAGCGAGUAAGUCAUAUCACUGUCUCGGGGACGACACUCGACGAGGUAGCGCUUGCUACCGAGAUGAUGACGCUGUCCUUCGCUAAUUAUCCUACCAAGACGGUAACAAUAGGAGUUAUCUCUAGUGCGCUGGAGCUGCAAAGCGCGUUGCAGAGUCUUUCAGUCGUAGGCAUCCUGUUGGUCAAGCGUUCGGACUACUCCAAGGGACCUGCAGCUACGCCCUAUGAUACCAGUGGCGUGGACACACCCAGCGACCUGUUAAUGACUUGGAGUAUUACGUUCCGUACAGCUUCGGUUGAUGGAGUACAGGCCAGUGCGCUUGGAGCUCUAACAGUGACGCAUACGGGACAAAGUACAGUCACGCCUCUGGAGGUAGUAACCCCGAUCGAAGACGGUUCCUUAACCAUUCGACCGCGACCUGUAUCCGCCACAGGACCGCGCGACGUACGCGUUUCCAUUGUAGACGCUGCCUCACUUGGUGUAAGCUGGCUGCCGUCACUGUCGCCAUUAACUUCCAAGUAUCUCGUGGAGUGGAGCACAACGCCGGACUUUGCUGUGUGUCGAGCUGGAUCCAUUAGUAGUAGCGGCACCAGAACUAACUACGCCACCGCUGCAGCUAACUCGCAAGUGAUUAGUGCGACUCCCGUUGGGGCUGACGGUCGCAUCGCGUACACCAUUCUGAGUCUACCUGCCAACACGAAGCAAUACGUGCGCGUUUCGGCUUACAACGGGAACUACGGCUCCCCGGUCCUCGCUCAAGUCCUGUCCGUAAGCACGCCUAACACUGCUGGAGGCACGGCGGUUGUUACCGUUCUAGUAGGAGUCAAGAGUUUGACACCGCGAGCAGUGACCCCGUUCCGCCCGACGUCUGUGACCAUGCAGGUGAGUUCUCAAGACCAGCCAACGCAGAUCGAGGUGAACUUUGUCCAGCCUACAAAAGACGCACUGGGGUUCACGGCAGGGAAUGGGGGCGCGACGAUCACGCACUACCGUUUGAGCUGGUGGGAUCCGUCUGCUUUGGCGGCAAAUGCUAAAGCCGUGACGUCGUACGAUGUGCGAAUGGUGGACCCGACAGGCGCUACAUUAACGUGCUAUCCAGGUGCUUGUCUGUUCCGAUUGGGGGCUGAGGUGCAGUCGUUGUCGCUGACACCGGACGCAGUGGCCGGAACAGGCUCGUUCCGCCUGGUCCUGUCGUCGUCAUCUUUUACGACAUCGAUCUGCAGUACCUGUUCGCUGGCAUUUACUGCUCCUGUCAGUGGAGUCAUCACUAUGGACUAUACCGGCACGACGCCAGAUCUACAAACAGUGCUGGGUACAAACGCGCGCUUCAUUGUUGAUAAAGCGGGUGCUGCGUGUGUCUUUGAAGUUUCGGCGGUGGCCACGCUUCCAGCGAACAAGCUACCGAUCCGGUUCGUGUCUGCUGCUAGUGGCUCAACGACGUGUCCACUGCCACUGACACAAGCGACGUACACGAUUCACGUAGAGCCUACGACUGCCUGUAUCCCCGCGUCAACGAACGCUGCCGGACUGGUGACUGCGAUCUCGGGUUUAGUGGGCGGUGACGGUGUUGACGUCUCUCUUGACAUUGAGGCUGGCAACAUUCGGCACUUCAGGAUCACAUUUACAGGAUCGAGUGCGACUGGGGCUUCAGGCAGUUCACCGGCUCAUACGGCUGACGUUGCACAACUGGAAGUCGUGGCGACGGACGCUACGGGUGGCUGUGUCGAUGUCUCAGGGAAUGUUUGGACUGGUACAGAGCUUAAUGGCGGCUUGGUGACGCCCGGCGUAGCCUACGCAGUGCAGGUUGCGGCUCUAAACUCGGUCGGAAUAGGAGCACCACUGCGUGCGACGGCGUUGUGCCAUGAUCUUCCGUGCGUUGCAGGUGACGCAGUUCUGGCUCCAGUCGCGCCGCCUCUGGCGCCGAUUUCUGUCACCGUGGCAAGCAACCGUGCCGAUCGGACAGCAUUGAAUGUCGCCUGGAAGACCCCAAUGUCGAACAACGGUGCCACCAUCACGCAGUAUCUCGUGGAGUACUCGACCGCAGCCUUUGCCGUGCAGCCGUUGCUGUGCACGGGAUGCGUGUCGGCGCUCACAGCUGGAACAGCCUCUCUGGCGCCGACGCUCACGCUCAAUUCGAACACUGGGUUGGCCAGUGGACAGAUUAUAGUGCUUAGUAGUGUGUCUCCUGUAUGCAUUCUCACUGUAAGCAAGGAUGCAGCAACGUUUGUAAAGACAGCGUGGACUGGAUCGCUAGUCAUGUACAACCUGGAACGGCAGCACGGCUGCGACGCAUUCACUGGUCAAGCCGUGAACCUGAAGGCGUUGUAUGACUCAACGACCGACAGCUCAGUCGCGAUCCUGCCCAGCGUGGACGACCAGCAGUCUACGAUCCUCAAACCACUCACACCGAACAAGCAGUACACGAUUCGUGCCCGGGCGCAGAACCGUGAAGGGUACGGCGCGGCUCAAAUCGCCACGUUCAUUUGUGAACCGGGCAUCGAGUCCUGUGCUGCAACAGGAACGCUAGCAACCACGCGACAACUGCCUGCGCCGCCAACGUUGACAGUACCGUCCCAGUUGCUAGGAGCUGGCGUGGUCGGCGCGACGUCGAACGUCUUGGGUUUCACGAAGAACUCGUUGAUGAUCGCGUUCAGCGACCCCAAUAGUUGGUCGGGACUGGAGAUUAUCGACUCAUUCCGCGUGGAAUGGGAUACGAACGCAGACUUUCUGUCUUCGAACAAGCAGACGAUGAUCGUGACUCCUUCGGCUUCGAAAGUUCCGUCGCGUUGGAUGACUCGUCAGCUCUGUGCGAAUUGUAUUACCGAUCUGGUCACUGCUACGAACACACUGUCGGUGAGCGGAAGUCUCGGUCUCACGUUUGGACUGGCAAAAGGCGAUUGGAUCAUGGUAGGCGCUGGGUCGAUCACGUGCAGCUUCCAAGUGGCGACUACGGCACCGACGGUGUCUGCGAUCACCGUUGUAGGAGGACACGGAUGUGGAGACUUUACAGGGAAGACGGUCGCGCUCGACGCUCAGGAAACGUACGACUAUCAGCUAACAACAGGCCUCGCGAUGGGGGCAACCACGCACAUUCGCGUGACGGCUCACACCUCGAUGGGUUACGGCGCUCCAUGUGAUAGUAUUGCGGUUGCUCCGAUCACUUCGAGUGACCCACCGCCGUCUCCGUACGUUAUUCUAUCUGCGCUAACGCCCGACGAUGAAGAUGAUCCGGACGUGCGCGUGAGUUCGCUGCGCGUGUCGUUCCCACCGCCCACGAUCUCACAAGCGGAUCUCAACGGUAAUGGUGGCUCGCCCGUAACCAAGUAUCUUGUUGAAUGGAUCGACACGGAGUUCGCGAACACCAUUUCUCAAGUCCAAACGAUUAGCACAGCAUCAGAUUCCAGUGGCAGUGUAGCCGGCUCGUUCGUGCUUACAUUGGACACGACAACCUGUACGUACUGCCAGAUCCAAGGCAUCUUCAGCACGUCAGCACUGAGCGCGUCCGCGUCCGAUGAUGAUAUGGCACGAGAACUGGAGAAUCUGCCCAAUGUCGGCGACGUGACUGUGACGCGCGACAGCUGUUCGACCAAGAACCAGUGUACCUGGACGAUCACGUUCCUGAGCGAGUUGGACGUCGUGCCAGCUUUGACGUACACGAGUCGGCUAUCCGCUGCAGGCGGAAAAGCUACGCUUACGGUGACUGGCGGUACCCAAGUUGGAAGCCUGAACGGAGCCACGUAUUGCCCUUCAACAGUCAACAACGUACCGGUGAGUGGACGAACCAACUGUGGCGUGGUCGUCGUGGACGCUAAAACCACACCGGUUCCGUACGAGUACAUUAUCAAGGGACUUACCCCUGGCAACAGGUACUACGCCCGUGUGGGGGCGUAUAACGCACUGGGUUACGGACCGCGACGGGUUACAGCUCCUCGGUCGCUGAGUGUGCCGUUCGAGCCGCCGUCUGCUCCCAGAUCCCCGUUCAACAUGCUAGCGCCGCCGAUUCUUACGCUUGCUGGGCCUACGUCUCUGAUGAUCAGUUACGCCGCUCCCAAGUUCACUGGAGGAGCACCCGUCACAGGCUACAUGAUUGAAUGGGAUCCGUCUCCGGAGUUUGACAGCGGAUCAAACGGCGACGCACUUGCCCAAGUGACGGUAGCAGCUAGUACGUUGGUAGCUGCUGCAGACGGAGCCUUUCGGUAUACUCUCGAAGGACUGCCAACGCGACAGUGGACGUAUGUCCGCAUAUUCGCUGAGAACGGCAAGGUUGGGGCGGGCGUACCCGUGCUGACGCAACCAGCGCGAGAGAUGCCUCGAGGAAAACCGGGUGCUCUAAGCUUAGUAACUGUUGUAAAUGAUCUGUCGGCUCAGUCUCCUGGAACAGCGUUGAUGGUGUCGUGGCCUGAAGCUUCAGCGGAUGUCCAGCUGUACCAGGUAGAAUGGUACCAACAAGCCGUGACGGAGCCGUUGUUCGGUGCUCCCGUGGUUCAGCUGGUCAAGUCGAUUGGUACGAUCACUGGAGGUUACUUUAUGCUGUCAUUCGGAGACGGCAGUGACCUGUAUCCGUGGCGUAUGCUACCGGGAACCGUGGACGUGGAACAUGGCGCUUCGUUCUUGAAGACAAGUGAAGACCUGACCGGAUUGUUAGCCGUGGGAGACGUGGUGUUUAUCAACAAGCAGGCGUACUUGAUAUCGGCGACAGGUUCGUUCACAGCUUCGCAACUCCCUCUAGCCGAUGCGACGGGAUACCAAGCUGUUGGAACGCUAGCCAAGGACCUGGGCGCGUCAGCAACUACGUACGCUGGAGACACGGUGUUCGGCGCGAAAUUGUACACACAAUGGCGCACGACGCCAUUGCCGAUGGAUGUGACUCCUUCAGAUAUGCAGGAGGCUUUGGAGCUGUUGCCAAGCGUCGGCUUGGUGCGCGUUGAGCGCCUGUCAGUUGGUGCAAACAAGUACGAGUGGACUGUGACGUUCACGUCGCAGGUGCCGCGGACGAACCCGGCGUUCCCUCUACUCACAGCAAACGAUCGGCUUUUAACCCCGAACGGAGUUGGAGCCGAUGCAAAUGUCGCAGUGACAAGCAUCGCUGCUGGACAGGCCCCACAGGCUUUCGGUUCGGCCGUCGUAAGUGCAACUGCUGCAUCGGAUGAUGGUCUCGUCAUGUACAGCAUCCCUCAACUCGUUACGGGGGCGAUCUACUUUGUGCGAGUGGCGGCAGCAAAUGAACGCGGAGUUGGCGUCUUUACUCUGGCUUCAGCUACCGGUGUAGCGCCCACGAGAUCCCCGCUCGCGCUGGAAAACGUGGCGGUUCGUCCUCUAUCACCUCAACUUUUGGAGUUCUCAUUCGACCAGGUGCAGACGUCAGGAGGACGUGACGUGGACGGCUAUCGCGUCGGAGCGGCUUUGAACUCCAAGUUCGCGGAUCCAAGUGUUGUGCUGGAUGUACCUCCAACGACCAAGUACGCACGUGUGACUACAACCGCCCACACUGGCCCGUUCCUCGCCGGCAGUACAUUUUCUUUAGCAGCCGUGGACGCACGGUCUUUCCACGGCAGGAUGACCAAACAAGUGGACGCGUUAGCUUCUGCACAGGCGCUUACAGCUGGUUCUGCCUUCCUUCUGCGACUCAAACCGGACAUCACCCAAGGUUACGGCGCUGCUUCCUUGCACAACUCCUUCUCGCGAGGAGAACGCGUACGUAUUCGCAACGAAGAAGCCAGCGUCUGUCUCGACGGCAGCGUGGCGUGGCAGCUACGAACCACCGACACGGGUCUCACUAUCGCCGGGUACAGCGGAGCAACCAUCACGCUAUCGGCGGCACUGAGUACAGCACUUCAGGCGGUGAUCGUUGUAGGCACUCAGAUUGCCGUUGGUGCGGCUGCAAACGGUCCAGCAGAUCCCGCAGCCUGCCAGGCCGUCGUGACGGCGGUGAAUGCUGACAAACUGCACGUGGAUAUCAAGCAUUCCUGUGCCAACCCUGUCUCGAAACUAGCAAACGGACUGUCAAUCUUCGUGGUGAAAGGCGUCGCGCCAAUCACCAGUGCGUCGUACGAUGCCAAUACGGACACGAUAACGCUGUCCACGGCACUGGACAACCGUCUUGUGGAUAUUGUAGUGGUGGACACUCGAAUAUCUAUCGGAUCAACACCCGAAGCUGCUGCGACGUGUCGUGCCAGAGUGACGGCAGCUACCACUAUGACGUUAAAACUUGACCACAAUUGCGCCGAAGCAGCUACAAAAUUGGGUACUGGAAACCCAAACAUCUUCGUGCAUCGCGGGCCGGCGUUGCUACCGUUAUGCGAGGGUGACGAUCCGUGGAAAGCACUCGACGCUUCGAGUAUCGCAUUGCUAGUGUCCAACCUUGACGCAUCAGGAGGACGUGAGCCUUUACCUGUUUUUCGGAGCGACUCGGCUGUGAGUACAGCGACUGAAUUGGGCACGAUCGGAAGCAGCGCUGAGGUGACAUUAGUGGACGAGAUGAAGAUUAAUUGCGGGGACUACAUUCGUCUAGGCAGAGCGCCAAAUGAUGGACUCGAAGCUGAGGAUCUCGAAGCGCUAGCGACAUUCCGUGUACGCAGCAAGUGUGAUACCAAUGGAUGCGACUGCGCUCGUUCAGCUGUCACACGGUUAAAGCUAGGAAGUCUGAUAGAUCCGACCGUUGCCGUGAGUCUAGCACCAAGACUUGACCUGCUUCACGGCGGCGCUACUCGAGAGAUUCAACGGAUCGUGUUGACAGUCACUGGCGCUGCUGUGACCUACAACACCGGCGGGUUCCGUGUCCAAUUCGGCGACGAAGUGAGCUCUUUAACACUAGGCACAGGGGGCGACGGUGGCGCUUCACUAAACGAUGACGUGGGGUGUCUGGUGUGGGCUUCGGGUCCGCUUGCGAGUGAUGCGUCUCGAGAUAUGUUGACUCUGGAACACGAGCUCGAGAACUUUGCCGGAAUUGAUGACGUCCGUGUAAAACGUGCUCUCACAGAGACGUCUGGCGUCCGCGUGACGGUGGAGUACACGGUGGAGUUCAUGGGUGUGCAAGUGCGUGGCAAGGUGCCGACGCUACGGAUUCUGGACGUGGGGAUCAACGGCUGCAGCGCAUAUGUCGGCGGCACGGCCGGCGUACCGGCAGUACAGCGUGACCAGAACAGCUUCGUUACUGUUUAUCAGGCACCAACUACCCCCUCAAUUCCCUUUGACGCUAGUGAUGAAGACGUUAAGGCUGCGCUAGAGACGCUGAGUAUCGUAACCAACGCGGAUGUGGAUCGCCAAGUGAACAAGCACGGCUACGACUGGCGCGUCACGUUCGUUGAGUUCCCGUCUCCUGCGAUGGACAUGGAGUCGCGCGUGUUCCCGGCGCUGGUAGCGAACGGCCUCGCGUUACAGGCUGUGCAGUCUCCGGCGAUCAGCGUGACCCCGUUCCAGCGUCUUGAAGUGGACAUGAAAUCAUUGGUUAGCGGCGGUGGAGUGUCUAUCUACACGCGCGUGCGUGCUCACAACGCAGACGGGUGGGGCGACACAGCUGUACCUACACCUGUAUCGAUUCAACUCGCAGAUCAAGUACCCGAUGUCGUCCGCCUCGCACGCGCUGACGUCUUGUCUGGAUCUCAAGUUCUCGUUCAGUGGGAUGCGCCAGUACACGACGGCGGAGAGCCCGUGACCGAGUUCCGUGUGGAAUGGUGGCUAGAUGGUGCUCUCGCCACUGCUGCUAAGCCGUUUGCGGUGGUUCACGCACUUGAGGCGGCGUCUCAGAGUGUGACGGACGACGUUGCUACGAUUACAGUCUCGGCCCCAACUGCAGGCACAAAUACGCAUCUGUCUGGUACAUUCCGCGUGGGGUUUGACGGUCAAUGGAGCCCCGAACUCUCGUAUGAUAUCUCGGCUGUGGACAUGCAGAAGGCGCUUGUAGCGCUGUCUACGAUUGAAAACGUCUUGGUGAACCGCGAGCUGACGGCCGGCGGAUACACGUGGCUCGUGACUUUUUUGCAGCGCAAAUACGGCGGAAACCAGCACAAGAGAUGGAGGUCAGCGCUCGCUACGCAGUCCCCGUUCGGCUAUAAGCUGGAAGUGUCUGGGACGAACCUGUUGGCGUGCACGACGGCCGAGCAGAUCAGCUGUGUGCCGCAUCUUCCAACGAUUGUAGCCCCACGCGCGGCUGUAGAUGCUACGCCUGAACUGCAGCACCUGGUGUGCAUCUCCACGGGUAAUGUCGCUGUGGAUGCUACGAUGAGCUUCAAGUUAACGAUACUCGAAUUCGAGACAGGCUUGAUCCUGGGAACGGCAAACGCGCAGGCGCUGGCUACGGCAAUCACUGCCCUGGGUGUCGUUGGAAUCGUGAACGUCCGCUUCCGAAACACAGCGCAGACGACGGUGUGCUCUGCGAGUGCAACGGCUAAAGGCCUUACGAUCGAGUUCACCACGGCACAAGGCGACAUGCCACCGAUUGUUGCUACGACCAAGAAUGGAGUUGGCGUCACGAUCAAGGAGCAACGCAAGGGUCGAGCCCAGCUGCAUGUCGGAAGACUACCGUUCGCGUACGUGAUCGACGGGCUUGCUGCCGGGACGUACCACGCACGCGUCGCAGCGUACAACAGCGUGGGCUUUGGGCCGUUCCAGGAGGCGACGGACGCCGCCGAUUUGCUACUGGUGGCGCGUCCUCCGACCGCCCCGCGAUCUCUGCGCGUGAAGGCAAAGAUGAUUGAUUAUUCACACGGAAUGCUCGCGGUGUGGACCGCUCCGCGGAGUGACGACAGCAACACGGAUCAAUAUCGCGUGGAAUGGGAUCACGGUGCUGGGUUUUCAAGUCAAUGUGGAGAGAACAUCGAGACACAGACGCUCGUGGUAACGAACGCAGUGGCCAACGUCGCCAACAAGAAAUUCACAGUGCAAACAGCGAACGGAGGCACUAAGGUCGGAUGCGUGGACCCGGCGAACCUGGUGACGUCACUGCAGACACCGAUGCGGGCGCUUGGAGGCGUAUAUGCUGGCGGCACGGCGGUGAUGCAGGGAGAUGACUCGGCGACGUACGACUACGGUCGCACAUACACGGUCACGUUCCCCCAGUCCGUCGCGGUUCCUUCUGUGGGCUAUGACGCCGCAGAGAAUACCGCCAUGGCCACGUCUCCGGUCGACAUCCCGCUGUUGUACUGGGACGCCGCCGAUGCAACCUGUACGGCCUCGCCGCCCGACUCGGUUGUUGCGCAACGUACAACAUACGGCCCGGGACUCGAUGCCAAGCGUGGGCAGGGACGCAUUGGCUUUGAUGCCAACAACGUCUUUAACAACGAGUGUUCGGCUGCUCUGGCAGGUCCCAUCGCCCGCCAGACCGUUGACGCCGCAACGGCGACCGCGAACGCGUUCAAGCCAGAGAUCCUGAGCCUCGCAGCGAAGAGUGGCGUGUUUGAGAGCGCAGAUCUCGCUCGACCGGUAUUGUGCGAGUCCUGCGCGCAGAAACUCACAAUAGACGACUCAGGAAACGGCAAGUUGACUGUGACGACCUCCGUGGCCUUGUCCACUGGUGACUACUUCAUCGUCGCCGACAGCCCCACUUCAAGUACUUCAAGCACAACACUACGCUGCGUGAUGAAGGUGCUGAGCAAAAGUGGCAACGUUAUCACUGUAGAUCCCAACGAUCCUGGCCGCAGUGCAUGUGAGCUCCCGGUGACUUACGAAGCCAAGGCCUGGCGAAUCUCGCGCUUCGAACUACGUGCCCAUACGAUCCGAGACUUGAUUCCGGGACGAGAAUACGCAGUUCGGGUUGUUGCGAGUAGCAGCACUCUAGGAGAAAGUCCUGCACUCGCCACAGCCACCACAAUCACUGCUACGUAA